CAUUUCCGCUGUUUAGGGCUGUGGGAUCCGGUCUGCUGUAGCUUUAGCUGCCGCAUCAACGGUGGCGAAUGGAGGGGCUGUAAUUUGCCUGUUUUUCUUAAAUUUUACACUUGAUUUGGGCUUUUACUCGGAUGAUGAGGAAAUAAUACACCCAGUUGAACAGAGGUGACUGCAGCCUUAUAGGAGGCUAUUGACUGCUGUCUGUUGCUUGGCAUGAACCAGUAUCAACAGCAGACCAGCAGAUUCAACUUGUACAACGCUGCCAAAGCGGAGGCCUCCUUAGCUUCAUCCCUUACCAGCAGCAUGGCAAACAGCACUGCUGUACCCGGAAAGGUGUUGGGCACACCUGGGCCUGCUGGCAGACUGAGUCCUGAAGGAACUCAGGUGCUCAGCAAGAAGAAACUGCAAGACCUUGUGCGGGAAAUUGACCCUAAUGAACAGCUUGACGAGGAUGUUGAGGAGAUGUUGCUGCAAGUUGCUGAUGACUUUAUAGAGAGUGUGGUGACUGCUGCCUGCCAGCUUGCCCGACAUCGUAAGUCUAACACACUGGAAGUAAAGGAUGUGCAAUUGCACCUUGAGCGCCAGUGGAACAUGUGGAUCCCUGGCUUUGGCUCAGAUGAAAUCCGACCAUACAAGAAGGCAUGUACCACGGAAGCACAUAAACAGCGAAUGGCUCUGAUCCGCAAGACGACCAAAAAGUAGCAAGACUGAGAAGACCAAGAUAUUUUUCACUCGUUUUCUGCUCAUUGGGUUGCCCUCUGAGGAGAACAUGUGACUUUUGGAAACAUUGCAGUUGGGGGGAAGCAAGCAGGCCUUCAUAUCAAUAGCAGAUAAAUGCACUAUUGUCUAAGUGCUACUAAUUUUUUACUUUUACAGACAUCAGAAACUACCCGAAUGGUUGCUGUUAUUAGGCUGUCAUUAGUAUGCUUUGUGCUUGCCAUGAUUACAAUAGGCUGUGCUGUUAUAUAAGAGCUAUAAUUGAACAUCUUAAAUGUUGCAUGAAACACAUGAAGAUUUGAUCCGAUCACUCACUGUGGGCAUUUGAUUUUUUUUUUUAUAUGUAUAAAUAAUGUAUAUCUGCAUAUUUAUCAUUACAGCCUGUUAUUUCUCUCGUUCCUUUAGAAUCCAUUUGAUUUUCUUUGGUAAUCCAUGGUGUAUAUUAUCCUGUAGUGUUGAAUAAUACUGGGCACUGGGCAGGGUGUUAGGCUUGUGUUUGAUUUCUAAUUGAGAUGCACUGUGGUGCUAUUACAGAAUUUGCGACAUAGUUAGGCUAGACAAAUUUGUGGCACAAAACAUGAAGGAUUGUGCAGCAAACGUUUUGUUGUUUUCCUUAAAGUAUAUUGUAUCUGCAACAUUAUGUCAGCUUUAAACAUUUUUUUUCACACAUUCUUGCUCCAUGUCUCACUGUGCAAAUCUGUAAUUGAGUUUCUGGUGCUAAACACUCACUAAUACACUGAAACGAAGCCACUAUUUUGCAUUAUGUGGCUCAUGGGGGUCAUUCAGUUUUUUUUAAUUCCCUGCUAGUUCUUGGUAGAUUGUUUGAGAUUAGGACAGACAUGUUGCUUUCCCUCUCCAAUCAUUGGUUCCAAAACAGGUAAAAAAAAUAUUUUUUUGAAUGCCAGAUUUAGCUUGUGCAAUACAAUAUUACUCUGCACUGAUUGUCUGCUCUAAGGGUGAGACCUAAAUUGCAACAAGGCUUAAUUUACUGUUUAAACCCAGUAACCGAGAAGUUACUCAAAGGAGACACAGUGUACAACAUUACAUGAAUGUUUGUGAAGUUAUAUCGAGGCUUUUCUUUUGGAGAUAUGUUAAAUGGCUUACCAAGGACUUAGGACAUUUUCAGUACUUUUGUUAGUACUUGGGUCUUUAGCUUUGCCUAUAUUAAUAAUGUUUACUUGAUAAAAUUGAUGAGGCCCAACAGGCAGAGGUGAUCACAGAUAAAGGCUGGUGUGUGUUUACUGCAGCGUGUUUUAGUCAUUAGUUCUGGUGUAGCUCAUUACUGCAGUUUUAUUGUAGCCAGAAUUCCUGGAAUAUUAACACAUGCCUGACUUUUAUCACACCUGUCAAAUAUGGUCUGCAAUUGGUUUGUGGUGUUUAUAGGAAAUGCUCAUGUGUUAAUGGCUAAGUAUCAUUGUUCUUUAUAAGACUUUAUAAGUGUUAUUGAUGGAUUUGUUUUCUUUUUCAGAAAUAAAAAAGAAUAACUGUA